UGCGGGUGGGGUUGCCAGCUGAAGUCUGCAGAUAAGGAUGCCAGACGCAAAAAAGAACAGCCACAUAUCGUUGCAAUGACAAUUAUUCUGGUUGUUUAACAACAAAUGUGUGUUUGUAUUCUGUCUGCUUACUAAAUGGCCAAACGAAUGCAAUACAUAUUGCCAACGAGUUGUUUUGAAACAGUCCGCCAUAACGGUAGUUAGUAGUAGUAGUAGCAGCAGCAGCAGCAGCAGCAGCAGUGCCAGCUACGCCUCUCAAAUUACAAAAAGUUACGUGAACAACAAAAAAAAAAAAAAAGGAGCCACCCAUUGUGCCAGCGUAUAACGAGAUAAACAUAACGCAAAGUGAGAUGACAUCUUAUGUUAAUGCAACAAACGGCAAGAAGCACAACAACAAACAGCUGCAAUGAAUGUGAAGAAACGGCCACGUCUGGAGCUAGCCACAGCUGCAACAGUAACAUCAGCCGCAGCCGCAGCUGCAACAGCAACAGACGUCGCGCUGCUGAGCAGCGCAUAUGGCAACGGAAACGGAAAUGGAAAUGGGAAUGGGAGUAUUUGUGGCACGUCUACGGCGAACGGGCUGUUUCUAACCAGUGGUAGUGUUGCGGUGGGCGGCGUUGACAUGAAUAAUGGUGCUCAAAUCUAUUUAACCAUAUGCGGCGAUGAUGACAACUCAAAUGAAUCUCAAGAGUUUUAUGCCAUUGAGAGUAUUAAGCAGGAGCCAGAUCUGGAUGCACUGCAUGCCUUGUUGCCCACAAAUCUGCAGCUGCCAACUGGUUGUGAAAUCUAUUUAGUUAAGGACACAACGCACACAAUUGCCACCAGUGUUGGUCCGAAAACGAACGAUCAAAUGCUGCUAACGCAUGCACAGCAACCAAUGGCUUCCAUCAAACUGGAGCCGGACUCCAUUUCCACGCCGUCCACAAACGUGCUAUUCGUUAGUGGUGGCGGCUCAACGAGCACACACAAUAUUGUUGUUGCUGCCAGCAAGGAUUCGCCCAGCAGCAGCAGCAGUUCCUCUCUAGCCGCAGCAGCAGUUGCCAACCAUUUGGCCCCAAACGCAACAGCUACUGCUGCAGCUCCUCCACUCUGUGCUGGCUACAAUGUCAAAUUGGAUGCGUAUAAAAAACGCGAUGAUAAGCGACGCGCCACACACAACGAAGUGGAGCGUCGACGUCGCGAUAAAAUCAAUUGCUGGAUCUUUAAGCUGAAAGAGAUGCUGCCCACGGAAGGUAAUCGCUAUAAACCGACCACGACCAAUGUCAUUGGCCAUGCUGAAACGUUGGACAGCAAGGCGACCAUUAGAAGUAGCCAAAAUAAUGGACGCACACCACCCAACGACUCCAAAUCGCAAAUACUAAUCAAGGCCUGCGACUACAUCAAGAGCAUGCAGAACGAGAUUGAUCACUUGCGCGACUGCCUGCAGGAGGCGGAGAGUCUGCGUCUGACCAAUCAGGCGCUGCGCGAUGAAUUGGAGAACCUAAAGCAGCAACAGGAGCUGCAGGAGCGUUUUAAUACCGCUGGCGGCUCAUUCAAUGUAACGCUUAAUUCCCUGAACAGCUCAGCUACUAGUGACCUCUUCGAUGGCAUCGAUGCGGCACCAAAUCUCUCAACGGUCUCAUCGAUAAACUUCACCAAACGGGGCCUCAUGAUUACCGACUACGAUGAGUAAACGUAAUAUGAAAACCCUAUCCACCAGUGUUGCCAAUUCAGCUAUUUUCUAGCGAAAUUCGACAAUAUUCAGAGGUCUCGUAAGCAAUUGAAAAUUUUGAUUGAUUUAGCUUUUAUUGUGACUUCUCAAUGACAAGUUUUAGCCAAUCCAGUUAAUUGUCAAUUUGUGCUCUGAAAGCUAAAUCAGCUAGUUUUAGCUUUUUUUAACAUUGGAUUCACCUAGUUUUUUGAACGGCAGUUGGCAACACUGCUUCACACCCUCAUUCAGGCGCACCAACCAAAGAACAAACAAUAGUCAAUAUAUACUUACUACUUACAUACCUAUAUAACAUAGUAUAAACAUUUUAUGUGCCACAAUUUGUUGAGAGUUAUGCGGGCAGCGUAAUGCUUCGGUUGGCCGAAGAUUUUCCUUGUUAUCGCUGAUAUUCUUUUUGUUAAAUCGUUGUCAAUCCUCAUGGCAUACUUACAAACAUAUUCAUAUACAUACAUAUGCUGACUUAUAUACAUAUAUUUAUAUAUACGAACAUACGCAAAAUACCUAAACUAUUUCAUAUUUUGAGCAGAUUGUGCUUGUUUUCUCGAUUUUAUUGUAAUUGUUACUCGCACUAAUUAAAUAAUGUA